AGCGCCCGGCAGCGCGCGUUGGGAUGCACAGCCGCUACCGCGCCAUGGGUUUGCCCGCCGGAGACCGCGUGCUGCUCCUUCUGCUCGCCUUCAGCUUCAGCAACGAUGCCCUGAUGCGUCUCGUUGGCGCCAUCGAAAUCACCAAGCUGACCGUGCCUCGGGUAGGUGGAGAGUGGCCGUCAAGGCCCGUUCGAGCUAGACUGUCAGUACCGCUGCAACGAGUCCGACUCCAAGCUGGUGGUGAAGUGGUUCUUCAACGGCGAAUCGCAACCGUUCUACCAGUGGAUCGCCGAACUCGAGGACCCCGUGGUGACAGACCGCUACGUGGACGUCAUCGACAUGGACAGGUCGCACGCAGCUGGUGGAGCCGAGGCCUGCAACAUCCACACGUGGCACUUGCGCCUUGUCAAGCCUACCAUCGACAUGAGCGGCAAGUACCGCUGCGAGGUGCUCACACUGGCCAACCAGGACAGCGCCGAGGCAUCUAUGAUGGUGUUCGCGCCGCCAUCGACGUUCCACUUCAACUACACCAAGUCUAGCUCGGAGCGCGCCACGCUUUUGUGCGAGGUGGACGGUGCCUUCCCGAUGCCGCACCUGAAGAUGUACCGACUCCUGCCGGACACGGACGACGACAAGGCGGAGUUGGUCAACGUGCAGCUGACCACAGAGCGUAAGGACGGCCUGUACCGUGCGGCCAUGACCAGCGAGGUGCUGGAUGCUAGCCUGCCGCAGGAUGAAGAUACCGUGUUCCUGUGCAGUUACACCUUCAAGGAGAUCAAGUACCACCGCUUCCAGAGGCUCGUGUACACCCCCGGUGCGCAUGCCGAAACAGAUGAAAACAUCACAAACUCCGUCGGCUGCCUGAAACCGCUUUUGCUGACCGUGCUGCUGAGCCUGAUUCUGGGCCUCUCCUAGCCGAGUGUUGCCUUGUUGUCGAGAUGUUGGUGCAACCUUUACUUUCAUCCAGUGAAGCCCUUUCUGAGUCGACUCGAGCGCAAGAUACUCUUCAAUGGUCUGCAACAGCGAGCCCCUCCUGCUCGAUCCGAAGAAGACGUCGAGCGAAAUAUUGAAGACGUGCCUUCUUUCCUUCGAUCCGUACAGCUCGCCGCACCUGCACUGACACCUGUCACCCGUCUUGAACGAGGUUUCCAGGAGCACCGUUCCUUAUUGACAGAACGAGAGAAAUGAGAUACAUAUAGCGACGCGGGCUUUUUUCUUAUUUAAAUAGCGAGAACCAAAGAGGCUUUUCCACGCCAGACUUGUACAGUAUGUAACCAAGCGUAUGGUUUACAGUGUGCGUGUCCUCAAUGACAUUUUUUUUAUUUACUAGUGCUUCGGAGAACUUUCGUUGUGAAACCGUUGGCUCACUGAGCAUGCAUGUGAUGGAUGAUAUGACACUACAUAUAGCCAGCCACUAUUUCAGUGAUGCCGAAGUUUUGUAUUUAGUUGUUUUUUGUCGUUUUUUUUUGCUUUUGCGUUGUUAAAUAUUGAUGUCAAAA